CUCCAUAGUACACGCUGAACACGGCGAACACGCUCCUUGGCGGAAUUUGUGCGGUUAUUUGAGAGUCUCAGCCGGUCGCAGAGUUGCGUUCCAGAGUGCCUGAAAUUUGCAGCUUUUUGCAACCCUUGUUGCUUAAUCCACAUCUGGAACAUUUAGAGGGAGCUUGAUGCAGCAUGGAGGACAACGCUGGCGAGGAAAUUUGGGCAGGGAACCCUCCUGCCCUGGAAACAAUGGAGUACCUGCUGAGGUGCGGGAUUUGCUAUGAGACCAUGAACAUUGCCCUGAUCACACCAUGCUCCCACAAUUUUUGCUCUCUGUGCAUCAGAAAAUACAUGCAGUACAAAACGUCGUGCCCGCGGUGCUUUGCGAACGUGAAUGAAUCCGAGCUAAAAAACAAUCGCGUCCUAGAUGAAAUUAUCACGUUGCUGCCGAGACUGAAGACUCAAGUGAAAAUAUCUCCGACCGACGGUAUUUAUCUGGAAACCCCUUCAGAAGAGAACAGACAAGUGAGAACUCCUCAAAAGCAAGUGGUGGCAAGUGAGCCGGCAGCAAACCUGGCCAAAGAGAGUCUGAAUACGUCCUUUGGGAGCGCACCAGGGACGCCGAAGGGCAAGGCCAAACCCACGCCGGAGGGCAAGGCCAAACCCAGGAGUAUCUGGGAGUCGUUGACGAGGAGUCCAGUGGCUGGUUCGUCCAAGGUUGUGCCCAAGGUGCCUUGUCCCGUGUGCGGCGUGCAGAUCGCAGAACGCAGCAUCAAUUUGCACAUCGACAAGUGCCUGGACAGCGGUGGAAAACCUCAGGGUACUAAUUCGGCUUUCAUGUUAGCAAUGCAAAAAUCUGUAAAUCUUCAGAUGAGAAAGAGGAUGCCCAAGUUAGUUUAUUCCCUGAUGAAAGACGCAGAAUUGCGGAAAAGGUGCUACGAAGUGAAUUUGAGCAUACAAGGGGACAGGAAAACUUUGAUCAAGCGACACAAAAGAUACACUUUAAUGUACAAUUCCGAGUGUGACAGUGCAAAUCCUCGGCCCGUGGAAGAAAUAGUGAAUCAGGUGAUGAAAGAGGAGCGCGAGGAAAGAAUGGCGAAUAGCAACCCUUGGAAGUCAUUCCAGGUUGAUAGAAAAGCAGACCCAAAAGUUAUUGAACAAGCCCAGGCAAAAUACAGAUCAGAGAACCAGAGCCACUUCUCCAAACUGAUGGCUGACCUGAAGCAGCGGCAGUCCAACAAAAAAGACGCCAAGCAGAAAUCUGCCACACAAACCUCAGCUGAAAAAUCGCCAUCCCUGAAGCAGGAAAUACCAAGGACACCAAGUCCUGAGAAACCAACAGAUCCGAGUCCAGGAAAUGUAUCGGUGCAAGCACAAGAGGUAGACCCUGGAGAGCAGCAAGAGCCAGCUAGUGGCGAGCCUGGCACGCCAAAUUCUGAAAUGGACCUCUUGCUUACGCAGCAGCAUUCUCCUGAGCUGCGGAAGAAGCGCAGCACUUCAAGGGUGAGUUCAUAUUUGGAGGAUGAGGACAGCGACAGUCCAUUUUCUGAGCCGCGGAAAAGGGUUGUGAGCCCAGUGUACGUAGUGUCAGACGAUGACCCGUGGGAUGACGAGCCAAGGCAAAAAGUCACAAAAAGGUUGAAGAGUUCCCAAGACGAGCAGCCGCUCAGGAGGUCCAGGAGGAAAAAACUCAAGUCAUGAAAUAUUUUCAACACCACUUUAUUGUUAAUAUGUAUCUCUAAUAUACACAAAUAUGUACUUGAACCAUAGAUUUUUGUGAAUAAACGCUCAAUUCCAAUUCCA